AUGAAUAUACAAGUGGCAAAUAAAAGUAGUUUUCUGAUAUUUUUUGUAAUAUUUAUAUGCCAUUAUGGAAACGCUAAAUUAGCACCGGACUAUAUUCACCCUUGCAGCGAUACCUCCAGGGAAUGCCUUAUAAAAGCCACACAAGAUGCAAUCCCUGGAGUUGUCAAAGGUAUACCGGAGCUCGGUGUUCCAUCCAUGGAUCCUAUGACAUUUGACAAACUGACCAUUUCUCUGAACAAUUUAACAUUUAAUUUUUACAAUGGGAAAAUGACAGGCUUCAAGAAAUGUGUCGUUGAUAACAUUGUAUCACUCUUAGACAAGCGUAAGUUCUUGUUGGCCUUCCACUGCAAUCUGACAUUAAAAUCUACAUAUGACGCCAAGGGGCAGUUCCUCCUAUUUGCCAUUGAUGGCGGUGGCGAUGCUAUGGUAAAAUUAACCAAUCUCAAAAUGAACCUUGAUAUCAAUACAAAAUACAUCAAAGAUAAAAAUAACAUAGAUUACUUCAGUAUUAAAAAUUAUAAAUACACUUUCGAUUACGGCGAUCAUGUCUUCUUCGAUUUCAAAAAUCUCUUCAAGGGGAACAAGCAACUUAGUGACGCAGUACUGCAAGUCCUAAAUCAAAACUGGAGAACGGUUGUUCAGGAUUUCGGAAAACCAUUCCUAGAUUUUGCAGUAGGGUAUUCUGUAAAUACUAUGAAAAAGUUCUUCCACUCAAUACCUUAUAAUGAAUUGAUCUAUGUGCCCAUACCUUUGUAA